GUUUUUCCUCCGCGGAGAGGACGAAGAGUGAGCUGACUUUCUGGCUGUAUGUGAGCCUUCCUGUUCGCUCCUCGAUAAGCGAGAUCUCCAGGUCAGUCAGAAAUCUCGGCGGAAGGAGAAGCCGCGAUACCUGAGGGAAGGAAUACCCUGCUGUGUUGUGUUGUGUUGUGUUGUGUGACUUCAGGUUGACGCUGGGCAUCAGAUAGCCCACAGCGGAUAAGAAGGAAGGGUGACAGAUCUCCUGAGUCGAGUCAGUCUGGCGUGUGUUGUAUCCUCUGAUGUGACGUCACGACGAUGAUUGACCUCUGCCACACAACACUGGUACCACACCGCGGACCAACCUGAACACACACAGCCUAUCGGAGUGUGAUGUGUGUGUGUGCGUGUGUGUGUAUGUGUGUGCAGGUGUGCCUCUUCGGGGUGCACGCGGCUUCGGCCUUAAUUUUCUUUUUCCCCAUCAACUUGGCGCCCAAGCGGCUGCUGAUCCGGCUGGUCUCCAAGUCACAUUUUCCCAUCAAGGCCCUCACAGUGGCCGUCGUGGCGUCCUUGUCGCUGCUGGUAUGGUGCAUCGGCCGCCUCAACCACUGGGUGCCGACUCUGGUCACACCUGACAAAACAACACUGGUACACACACACACACACACACACUCACACACAGACACAGACACAGAGAGAGAGAGAGAGAGCGCUCUUGUGUUGCUGUGCUGGCUGUUUGUCCGCUCAGGUGGUGGAUAUGUGGCUGAGUGCAUCGAAUGUGUUUGCGUUCGGGGUGCUGCGUCAGCUGUGUUACCUGUGCUAUCACAACGAGGAGGCCGUCAUGCAGAUGGAGCAGCUGGCGGCCUCCCGCGACAUCCUCGAGUGGCAGCCGCCCACAUUCGAGACGCUCGCACCCAUACUCGUCCCCUACAAGUGGCUCGUGUCGCCCAAGGUCAGUCAGGCUGCAGACACACACACAGACCGACACACACACCAGUCAGACAGUGAGUGCAUUUCUUUGUCGGUGUGUUGGUGUGUUGGAAGUUCUAUGGGCUGGAUCGCAUUCCUGACGAGAAGACGCACCGGCUGCUGUUUGUGAGCAACCACGCCCUGUGGGGCCUGGAGAUGCCACUGCUCAUCGAGGGCGUCUACAGGCUCAAGAACAUGUUCCUCAGAGGCCUUGGCGGUCAGCCCACUCCACACACACACACACUGUGACAUCCAGACAUCACAUGCAUGUUUGUGUGUGUGUGUGGGCACAUACAGACCGGGUGCAUUUCUAUCUGCCGGGCCAUCGUCACCUGUUCGAGAUGAUGGGUGCGGUGGAGGGCACCCGCCCCAACUGCCGCCUGAUGCUGCGCCACGGUUUCAACGUUCUGGUGUACCCUGGGGGCGCUCGUGAGGUGUGGAAGAAUAAGAAGAACCGCAAGUACGAGCUGCUGUGGGGCAACAGGGUGGGGUUCGCCAAGAUCGCCAUCGAGGAGGGGUGCACUAUUGUGCCGACCUGCUCGGUGGGGACCGAGGAUAUGCUCGAGAUACUCCGGGUGGGGGAGAAUGAAUGGAUGGACCAGAGGAGAGAGGGGGGGGAAGCGCUGCUGGAUGGAUGGAUGCUGUGGAUGGGCAUGUGUGUGUGUGCAGGACAUCCCGAUCGACUGGCUGAUAGGCCGGUCGGGGCUGAGCAUUCCCAUCUUGAAAGUACCCACGCCAGCAGAGACACAACGGGUCUACUUCUGGUCAGUCAGCGUGACAGCCAGCACGCACACAACAGGCACCCUGCCUGUCUGUCGGUCUGUCUGUCUGCCUGCUUAACGCAUGUGGUGGUGUUGUGUGGUGUGGUGUGUUGUGUUGUGUUGCGCGUGUGAUCAGGUUUGGUGAUCCGAUCAGCACUCAUGAGUACAAGCGUGAGCUGGGCGAGUGCUCCAUUAAGGCGUCAUUCGCCAACGACGAAUACGACGAGGUGUGCACCACACCACACCACACCCCGACAGACACACACACGCUUAUCCAUCCAAACAGACACACACAUAUGCCGCCCGUCCGUCUCUCUGUCUGUGUGUGGUUUGUCUACAGAAGCUGCAGCGCUUCGCAGAGGCCCUCCGUGACAAGACAAAAGCAGCCGUCGAAUCAGGUACGCAUAGAAUGUCCCCCGCCCCCCCUCAGCCCCGCCACCUCUCACCCUCCCUCCCUCCCUCCCGUCACACAGGCAUCAGCUACCUACAGAAGGUGCAAGCGGAAGAUUGCGAGCGGCUCCUCCCCGACCGUGUCAAGCUCACAGCCGAGGCUAUCAAGGCGGCCAUCACCGCCCAAGUGGAGCGGUCUCUGAAGCCCUUCACCAACAACGACGGCACUGGGGGCGGCACUCCUUUGCGAUCGAGGUCACCUCUGCACUCGUUCCUCUCGAGCCUGUCGGGGCGGUCGGGCUCCUCUCCCGGCAAGAUGUCGCCUGCAUCGUCCUUUCCGCACAUGUACGCAUAGCCCCCCCCCCCUCCCUCCCUGACAUGACAGCACUGAUCGAUUGCGAGAAUUCUCUCUGUGCUCUGUGUUUGUCGGGCGGUCAGUGAUGAGGCGGAUGACGGUCGUGAGGAUUAUGAGUGCGGUCAUGAUGAUGACACCGAGGAGGGCGGGUGGGAGGGCGGGCCGCAGAGGGCGUCAGUCGACAGCGGAAGUGGGGCCACCGACACCGACACAGAGGCAGCAGCAGCCGCGAGGAGGCGGUCCUCACCACCCAAGGGGCGAGACGACUCAUAGUGCGUCUGUCUGCCUGUCUGUCUGUCUGUGCGCGGGCGCAUUGACGCGUGUGUGUGUAUGCUAUGUAUGCAUGUGUGUGAUGUCUUUCAUUUCUUCCUUGCUUCCUUCAUCUGUGUGCGACCGAAUCGGUUCUCGCGCGAGCGGGGCCGCAUGAAGUUGUCCAUCCAUAUACAUCCAUCCAGCAACGUUUCCUUCAUGCUUCGGGGAGGGGAGGGGAGGGGAGCGGGAUGAUUUCGUUUUUCUUUCACAUAUGGAUGCAUGGCAUGGUUGCGGCUAGGGUGGGUGUUUUGUGUAUGUGUCUUUGUGAGGGUGUGUGCAGGUAGGAGGUGUGUACUUAGGUCGGAUUGAGUGAUGUAUUGAUUGGUGUUUGUGUUGCUGUUGGUGUUGGCCAUGGCUUUGGUGCUGUUAAUUUAAUUAGAUAGAGCGAGAGGGAGAGGCAGGGAGGGAGGGUGGGCGGGAGGGGCAGAUAGCCCCAGGAUGACUGACCAUUUUCUACGCCAUAUGGGCGCCCCUGCCUGCCUCUUUGUCUGUCUGAGUGUAUGUCUGUGUGUGUGUGUGUCUUUGUACGGUUAAAGAUAAUCCCUGCUCGCCCAUAGGCACCCACUCAUCCCCUCUGUCCCUCACACAACACUGGUUCUGUAUAGGUUUCCCUCUCCUCCUUGCUGCACACAUACACACACAACACAACACACCAUUAUGCCAAUCCUUUCUUUCCGUUUCUUUGAUGCGUUUCCUUCAUACUGUUCAUUGAAUGCAAUGCAGCUGCAGACUUUUGGGCCAGCCAGCCAGCUCAGCCAGCCCGCCAGCCGACCAGCAGCGGCCGUGAGGCCCUGCACUCUGGUCCACCCUGCCAUGUCUGCCAUGUCUGCCUGCCUGGCAAUGAUAUCUGAGUGCCUGUUGGUUGGUUGGGUGAGUCAACCAAGUAAGUACGAGUAGAGGAAACAAGAUAGCACGGAAGACAGGAAGGAAGGUGGUAAGGGAAGAAGAGGUAGUGAGUGGGUGUGGAUCGAUGUUGCUGCCCUUGGUCUGCUGCCGCUGGUGUGGAGACGGUGGCGGGGUGCUGUGCGACAGACAGGGCCAGAACGAGUCACCUUUCGGUUCGUUUCGUUCCCUGUAGCAGAGCGCUGCGCCACCCCCUUUACCAAGGGGGCCGCGGCAGACAGGCAGCAGAUGACGGCAUGGUUUGUAAGAAGUGUUGGUGGAGAGAGAGGGGUCUGCACACAUACAUGCCUCCUCUUUUGUCGCAUCAAUCAGUCGCCCAUCGAGGGAGGUAACGGCCAUCUGUGUGUUGCAUUGCCCCUACGCAACUAGAUGUCUGUGCAGCCGACGAGCUGGCGCAGGUGUGCAGCUGCAUGAGGGCGUCGCGAACACAGACAGCCGACAUGGGAUGAUCGCACUGCUGACCGACCGACGGGCGACCGGACCAGCAAGGGCACUUUUCCAGCACUCACUCUGUGGGAGUGCGAUGUGUGUGAGUAUGAGGGUGAGAGUGUGAGUGUGAGUGUGCGGCUAUCGCAAUAUGUCGAUGCGGUAUCUGGUGAUGUCGUCUCUGUGGGGGUGUGUUUGUCUGCUCGUGUCUGUCUGUGUGUCCAUUUGAUCAUCGUGAUGUGCAGACGCGUCCAUGUGUGCGUGUGUGUGUGCUCACAUGGCGUUUUUGGUCAAACAACGUCCCUCCC